AAAAAAAAAAAAAAAACCUAACGUCAUGUCGCAUAUGCCCUUCAAGAACGGCAAUACAGUCCUAGAGCCCAGAAUAAGCACCCAAUCGGAAAAUGGAGGAGGAAGAAGAAAAUCCACCCCUCGCAGUACAAAUCGACCAAUCCACUAAACCAUAUUCAAACGACGCACGACCCACAAACGACGACGUAUCCGUCGGGGUAACCGUCAUCACGGGCUAUCUCGGCGCCGGAAAAUCAACUCUGGUGAAUUACAUACUGAAUUCCCAGCAUGGGAAAAGGAUUGCGGUGAUAUUGAACGAGUUUGGAGAGGAAAUUGGAGUGGAGAGAGCGAUGAUUAAUGAAGGAGAUGGUGGGGCCCUUGUUGAAGAGUGGGUUGAGCUAGAUAAUGGCUGUAUUUGUUGCACUGUUAAGCAUAGUUUGGUUCAAGCAUUGGAGCAACUUGUUCAGAGGAAGGAAAGACUUGAUCAUAUAUUACUGGAGACUACUGGGUUAGCAAACCCGGCUCCUCUUGCAUCUGUUCUAUGGUUGGAUGAUCAGCUUGAGUCGGCAGUUAAGCUUGAUUCAAUUAUCACUGUUGUCGAUGCUAAAAACCUCAGGUUUCAGCUGAACGAGCAACGUAGUUCAUCUUCAUUUCCCGAAGCAUAUUCUCAAAUUGCCUUUGCGGAUGUUGUAAUUCUUAACAAAGUUGAUUUGGUUUCUCCAGAGGGCUCUGGGGGUUCUUUGGACGAACUGGAGAAGGAGAUACACAACAUUAACGCGCUUGCUAGUAUUAUUCCUACUGUUCGUUGUCAAGUUGAUCUGUCCGAGAUAUUGGACUGCCGGGCCUAUGAUGCUACACACAUCACUCGAUUAGAAGCACUAUUGGACGAAAGUAAUGCAAUAUCGACCCAAAAUCUUCAUGAUAGACGUGUGAGAACAUUGUGCAUUUCUCAUGAGGGGGAAGUUGAUCUUGAUAAGGUUCGUAUAUGGCUUGAAGAGAUUCUUUGGGAUAAGAAAUAUGACAUGGAUGUAUAUCGCUGCAAAGGGGUUUUGAGUGUCCAAAACUGCAAUCAACUACACACUUUGCAGGCCGUAAAGGAGAUCUAUGACAUUGUUCCAGCUCGUGAUUGGAAAGAGAGAGAAACUCGGAUGAACAAGAUAGUUUUUAUUGGUCAUAAUUUAGAUGAAAAUAUCCUGGCUGAUUCUUUCAGAGAUUUUGCAACUUGUUAAUCCUUGCACCUUAUGGAGUCCAGUUUAACCAUCUUUUUUUUUUAAAUUUUUUAUUUGGCGUAAGAAGGUUUUCAAGAAGCUGUUUGUGGUUACUUUCGUUAUGAAAAGGACAGAUUUUGAGACAUAUAGGUGGUCGGACUUACCAACAAUCUGUACGUAGUUUAUUACUUUUCGUUUAUGUAAAGGACAGAUUUUGAGACAUAUAGGUAGUUGGACUUAU